AUUAUUUCCUAAACUUCAUCAAACCCAAAACCAAAAAAAAAAUCUCAUUUCUUUUUUCCUCUCAAAAUCCCAAAGAUAGAUAAAAUUUACAUAGGCAAGAUAUUUUUCAUCAUUUUGACUCAGAUGAGUUAUGAUGAUUCAUGCAACUCAGGUCUCGUUCUUGGAUUAGGUCUCUCACCAACUCCAAAUAAUUAUAAUAAUGCCAUCAAGAGAUCUUCCGAAUACAAGCUCGAGCCGUCGUUGACCCUAAGCCUCUCCGGCGAUCCCUUGUUGACGUUGGUAGCCGGAGCCGACCAGCUUUGCCGUCAGACGUCAUCUCUCAGUGGAGUCUCUUCUUUUUCAAGCGGGAGGGUGGUGAAGAGAGAGAGAUACGGCGGCGAAGAGUCACCGGAGGAGGAGGAGACUACGAAGAGGGUUAUAAGUGAAGACGAAGAAGGUGUUAGUGCUAGAAAAAAACUUAGGCUUACGAAAGAACAAUCUUCUCGUCUUGAGGAUAGCUUCAAGCACCAUAGCACUCUUAAUCCCAAGCAAAAGCAAGUUCUGGCAAGACAGCUGAACCUAAGGCCAAGACAAGUUGAAGUAUGGUUUCAAAAUAGAAGAGCCAGGACAAAGCUGAAGCAAACAGAAGUAGAUUGCGAGAUUUUGAAGAAGUGUUGUGAGACAUUAACAGAUGAGAACAUGAGACUUCGGAAAGAGAUUCAAGAACUCAAAACCCUAAGCUUGACUAAUCAUCAUCAGCCCUUUUACAUGCACAUGUCUACAAACCCUACUCUAACGAUAUGUCCUUCAUGUGAGAUAAUCAUCGCCGGUGGCGGUAACGGAGGAGGAGGUGGUGGUAGUGUGGCCAACACGGUGGUUGUCGAUGGAGGUAAGACUAAAGGAGCUUUCUCCAUCUCCUCAAAGCCUCACUUCUUCAACCCUUAUACCAAUCCAUCUGCAGCUUGUUGAAUUUUAAUAUGAAGUAAUUAAUUCGUUUUUUUGUAUUACUUAUUUUUUUUUUCUUUCUUGGGUGGGCAUAUUAACUAGUAGGAAGAACACAAGAACUAUGUUAGAAAAGGUAAGAUGGUUUCUUCGACAAUCCCCACUUUGUUUUUCAGUGGGAUUGUUUGGUUUGGGGAAAAAAGAAUAGUUUGUAAUUAUUAUUUUAUUUGUAGAAAAAGGUAUAAUAGUCUUCUUCACUUUAAAUUUAAUCCAUCUUAUUUUCUCACC